AAGAAGAAAUGCUCUACCUAAUGAAUCUCAGUGUUGUUCUCUCUUCUAUGGUCCUCUUCGUUGUCCAGUCCAGUCAUGGUGCUGAGAUUAUUGGAGGUCAAAAAGUGCCGCCUCAUUCAAUGCCUUUCAUGGCUCUGCUGGAGGGAAUGAAACCAAUGUGUGGAGGAAUACUGAUCAGUCCACAAUGGGUCCUGACUUCUGCCCGCUGCCCCAAUAUCAACAGAGUCUUGCUGGGGGUGGACUCCAUAAAAUCAAAAAAAAAGGAAAAGAAUUCGAGGCAGGUCCUUAAGGUGAAGACACAGAAGACUGACAAAGCUGGUGACCUCAUGUUGCUCAAGCUCAGCAAACCAGCAACGGAUACUGAAACAGUAAAAUGGCUCGAUUUGGGUAGACCCAUCAAAGAGCCAGUAGGUGGCUCCACCUGUAAGAUGGCUGGAUGGGGGUCCACUAACAAUGCUACCCAAAAAAAAAUGUCUGAUGUCCUGAUGGCAGUCAGUGUGACUGUGAUUGACAGGAUGAAGUGCAACUCUGAGUAUUACAACUUCAAACCUCUCAUCACUAAGGACAUGAUAUGUGCUGGUUCAGAUCAUAAAGGCUGUCAGGGUGAUUCAGGUGGACCGCUGUUGUGCAAUGGAGCACUAGUCGGAGUCACUCAUUUUGUAGAGGGUUGUGGCUGGAAGAAUUUUCCUGGAAUUUACAUUUUUCUGUCAAGGAAUAAACUGGACUGGAUCAAAAGGACAAUGAAGAAGUAUGAAAUAUGAUGAGUUCGUCCUGUGAAUGAUUCUAUAUUCUUGAUCAUGUUAAUUACUUCUAUUUUUUAUUUCUUUUAUGCAACAUUCACUUUAUCUUGAUUAGCUGUGCUGUGAAGGAAUUUACACACUCCCACAGCCCAACCACAUGGGAUCAACUACCCCUGUAUUGUACCUUCAUGUGCUUCAUGUUACAUACAAUUUAGUAUGCCAGAUGGUGGUUUAGUAUGUCCCAAUACAGAGUAUGUCAAAUGCAGUGUGCGAAAAGUCCUACAAUGUCCUACUUCAUUCUGUUGCAUUUUACAUUAUGUAAACCAGCAUGUUUUUUUAGUUGUUCUGACCCACAGUUUUACACAGCGGAAAAUUCAGUGGUUAAGUUUGCAUAUCUAUCUUUAUAUAUGGUCUGCUACUGUAGCUUGCUAAGUAGUUUCACAUGCUCUUA